GGCUCCUAUCUUCCUUGCUGGCGGCUCAGCCGACCAGCGCUUCGCGUGUCAACACGUCCCUAGCUCCGCCGAGCAGCGCGACGAGACCAGCGCACGAAUGGCACUGAGUUUCACGCCCUUUAAACCGGAGAGCUCGUGUGUGUAUCCUCAAGUUUAGCUCUAGAUAAGAGCUCUAGGUUUAGAACGGGCAAGAUGCUGCUAGAGGAGCUCCGGGAUGUUCAUGGAUGUGCUGCGUGCGACGCCUGGCUCGCCCUCGGGCUGUAUAGACCAUGCCGGCCUGGGUCAAAAGCUUGUGGGGUUUUGGGUCACAGGAGGGUGGCGCCGCGCGGCCUUCGUGCGUUCUGCAGGCGGCGCAAUUCCUGCGCGGAGGCAGCCUUUUUACCCCCCAUGCGCUGUCCGCGCGAGCGUCGCCGCGUGGCCGCACCAAAAGCCCCAUUGGCUACCUCCACACCAGAGAACAAUUAAAUGCGCGCGCGCAGGCCAAUGUCGAUGCAAGACCGAAUCGUCGAGAAGGCCAGCCGUGUCGUCCCGCUCGGUAUAACGAGCUACCGCCGGGACUGGGGGGCACUCUGCGACGCCGCGACGCUCCUCGGCGUCCCGCGGGACCCGUUGUCUCAGGCCGCGCACGAGGCGCUGACGCGGGCCGGGAUGCGGGGUAAACGCUUCCGGGCCUGGGUGGCCGGUGGCGGCGCGGCCGUCGUGCUCGGGGACAUCAACGACCCGGUCGCGUUCAACGCCGUCGCGUGCGGUGUGGAAACAAGUGAGGUCCUCAAUAAGACACCGGUUCGUGAAACGCAGGUCGUGCGAGACGCCCCGCCCCAGAUCCGCGCCGACGUCGCCGACGCGCUCGCCGAGGCGUACACCGCGGCCGUCGCGAGCGAUAAGGCGGCGCUGCGCAAGGCCUCCGAGACCCCAUCGUUGCCGCGCAAGCGCAAGGUCACGACGCCGCCGCGCCUCGACCCGUGCGUGCCCAAGGGCGGCGCUCGCACGUGGGGCCGCCCAGCGACGCCCUUCAAAGUCGGCGACCGCGUCCAGGCGCGCUGGGGCAGGCGGUGGUUCGCCGGCGUCGUCGACGAGAUUGUCGAGGGCGGGUACGAGAUAGCCUGGGCCGACGAGGAGUCUUCCAACGAAGUCCGGGCGGCCGACGUCCGUCACAACUAA